AUGAGUUUGCAUGUUUGGUUGAUAGCUGAUUUUCCAUCCUUCAAAAUCGUUUCUGCUAUAAAUGUCUCUGAAAGCGCUGGGACAAUUCGAACAGAGAGUCAAUCAGACUCCUCAGCUCUUCGUCAGAGCUUAAUAGAAGGAGGCGAAGAGGAAAACAUCAAAACCACUUCUGUGAAGCAUGAAGAUCAAGAGGAAGUGAAAUUCAGUGGGAACGUAGAGAGAGAGAUGGUGGAGAACAAUAGGAGUCAGGAGCUUCUGGAGAGGAUGCUGGAGGACAAUGGGAAGAUGAUGGGUUUGAUGGCUGAGCUAUUCGAGAGGAGCGAAAUGCAGACGCGGUUGCUUUGUUCGUUGUCGCGAAGGGUCGAACAGUUGGAGAGGGCUUUCGGGUCCGGGCAGAAGAGAAAGAAGAAGAGGAACGCUACAAGAUCUGUGGGGUUCUUCUCAUGA